AUGACAACAUCCCAUAUGAAUGGGCAUGUUACAGAGGAAUCAGACAACGAAGUAAAAAAUGUUGAUCUUACAUCACCAGAGGAACAUCAGAAGCACCGAGAGAUGGCUGUUGAUUGCCCUGAAGAUUUGGGCACCAGGAUGAUGACAGUACGUCGAAGUGCACAGUUGGAACGCAUUCGGCAACAACAGGAAGACAUGAGACGUAGGAGAGAGGAAGAAGGGAAAAAACAAGAACUUGACCUUAAUUCUUCCAUGAGACUAAAGAAACUAGCUCAGAUUCCUCCAAAGACUGGAAUAGAUAACCCUAUAUUUGAUACAGAAGAAGGAAUUGUCCUAGAAAGUCCUCAUUGUGCUGUGAAAAUAUUAGAAGUGGAAGACUUGUUCUCUUCACUUAAACACAUCCAACAUACUUUAGUAGAUUCUCAGAGCCAAGAGGAUAUUUCACUGCUUUUACAACUUGUACAAAUUAAAGAUUUCCAGAAUGCAUUUAAGAUACACAACGCUGUCACAGUACAUAUGAACAAGGCCAGUCCUCCAUUCCCUCUUAUCGCCAGUGCACAAGGUCUUGUACAAGAGGUACAAACUAUUUUGAAGCCAAUCCAUCAGAAGGAAGGGCAAGAAUUAUCUACUUUGCUGAAUGCCCCACAUGUUCAGGCACUUUUACUGGCUCAUGAUAAGGUUGCUGAGCAGGAAAUGCAGCUAGAGCCCAUUACAGAUGAAAGAGUGUAUGAAAGCAUUGGCCAGUAUGGAGCAGAAACUGUAAAAAUAGUUCGUAUUGAAAAGGCUCGUGAUAUUCCAUUGGGUGCUACAGUGCGUAAUGAAAUGGAUUCUGUCAUCAUUAGUCGAAUAGUCAAAGGAGGUGCUGCUGAGAAAAGUGGCCUAUUACAUGAGGGAGAUGAAGUUCUGGAGAUAAAUGGCAUUGAAAUUCGGGGGAAAGAUGUCAAUGAAGUCUUUGACAUAUUGUCUGAUAUGCAUGGAACUUUGACAUUUGUUCUGAUACCCAGUCAACAUAUCAAGCCACCUCCUGCCAAGGAAACAGUUAUCCAUGUAAAAGCUCAUUUUGAUUAUGACCCUUCAGAUGAUCUCUAUGUUCCAUGUCGAGAGUUAGGUCUGUCUUUUCAAAAAGGGGACAUACUUCAUGUGAUCAGUCAAGAAGAUCCAAAUUGGUGGCAGGCCUACAGGGAAGGGGAUGAAGAUAAUCAGCCUCUAGCAGGGCUCGUUCCAGGGAAAAGCUUCCAGCAGCAAAGGGAGGCCAUGAAGCAGACAAUAGAAGAAGAUAAGGAGCCAGAAAAAUCAGGAAAACUGUGGUGUGCAAAGAAGAAUAAAAAGAAGAGGAAAAAGGUUUUAUUUAAUGCCAAUAAGAAUGAUGAUUAUGACAAUGAGGAGAUUUUAACUUACGAGGAAAUGUCGCUUUAUCAUCAACCUGCAAAUAGGAAAAGACCUAUCAUCUUGAUUGGUCCACAGAAUUGUGGCCAGAAUGAAUUGCGUCAGAGGCUCAUGAACAAAGAAAAAGACCGUUUUGCAUCUGCAGUUCCUCAUACAACUAGGAGUAGACGAGAUCAUGAAGUAGCUGGUAGAGAUUACCACUUUGUUCCACGGCAAGCCUUUGAAGCAGACAUAGCUGCUGGAAAGUUCAUUGAACAUGGUGAAUUUGAGAAAAAUUUGUAUGGAACCAGCAUAGAUUCUGUACGGCAAGUGAUCAACUCUGGCAAAAUAUGUCUUUUAAGUCUUCGUACACAGUCACUGAAGACCCUCCGGAAUUCAGACUUGAAACCAUAUAUUAUCUUCAUAGCACCACCAUCACAAGAAAGACUUCGGGCAUUAUUGGCUAAAGAGGGCAAGAAUCUAAAGCCUGAAGAAUUGAGAGAAAUCAUUGAGAAGACUAGAGAGAUGGAGCAGAACAAUGGCCACUACUUUGACACAGCAAUUGUGAAUUCAGAUCUUGAUAAAGCCUAUCAGGAGCUGCUUAGGUUAAUAAACAAACUUGAUACUGAACCUCAGUGGGUGCCAUCCACUUGGCUGAGGUGAAGGAAGUAUCCAUUGUAUGGCA